GCUCAUAAACGGGAAGAAAAAGAGAGAAAUGUCAGUUUCACAACACAAAAUUACUCCAAAAUUUCUCAAACCCUAAUUUUCUCUCCCGAUCUCUAGUUCAGGGCGAAGGAGAAGAACAUGGCUAUGGCUGAUGUGGUGAAGUCUUGUUUGGAUUCUAUUCGACAAAUAUCGGAGGAAGUAGAAGGUGCAGUAAUUUACCUGGAUGCUGGUUGCACAGAAGCCUUUCAGUUUAUUGGAGCGGUUCCAUUGUUGUUGGAACUUGGAGCUUGCGCAGUUUGCAGUCUUGAAAACGCAUCUGCUCUUGAUGCUGUGGUCGACUGGAACUCAAAUGCCAAGAAUGCAAAGAAAAUGGUGGUCAUCACAUCACGUCUUUUAAGCGACGCACAUCGGUAUAUUCUUCGCUGCCUGAGCAUGCAUCAAGCUAUUCUUCAUUGCACCAUCUUUACAUCUAUCUCAGAGGUAGCUCACUCAACGUAUCCUGACUCGCCAUUAGGACCAGAUGCCUUCCGUGAAUAUGAAUCCUUACUUCUCCAAGAUUAUGAGGAGCUUGUUAGAAAGUGUGAGAUAGAGAAGAAAAGUUUAUCUCGACCCAGUGUCUUUGGACGAUCAGAAGCAAGCAUCCUCGGUGAAAAUUUAGCAUCAGAAGAUGAAGGUUGGUCAAAAUUUAGUCCGAGCGAAGAAGAAAUCCCUCGCACACCUCGUACACCAAGAGAAAAUUUGGAUGAACCAAACUCACUGGUUACCAAAAGAGACGGUUUGCUUCGAGUCGAUAUAUCUGUUAACCACUUCCCUAUGGUUUUAUGCCCUCUAUCUCCGAGAGUGUUUGUCUUACCUUCAGAGGGAACAAUCGCAGAAGCAUGCUUAUCAUCUGAACAUGAAGAUUUUCUUGGUCCUGGAUUGCCUUCCAUAAGUACUGGAGUGCCUUCUGAUGGCGAGGACACUCCACCUGGAGCAAUCCUUACCGCUCAUCUACUUUACCAUCUUGCUGCGAAGAUGGAUUUGAAAAUGGAGAUAUUUUCUCUAGGUGACUUGUCGAAAACCAUUGGGAAGAUUAUGAUGGACAUGUCAAGUCUUUAUGAUGUUGGCAGACGAAAAAGAUCAGCAGGUUUAUUACUUAUUGACCGUACGCUCGAUUUGCUUACCCCAUGCUGUCAUGGUGACUCACUUGUUGAUCGUAUUUUCUCAUCUCUGCCUCGUAGGCAAAGAUCAUCUUCUUCUUCUGUAAACCAAAAUAAGCAUGGCCCUGGCACGAUACAACGUGCUCCGCUAGAUGCUCAGAUACCACUUGGAAAACUUUACACCAAAGAAGAACCUGCCAUUUGGCCGAUAGAAGGAAUUGAGGCUUUUUUAAGUGGUUGGAGUUCAAAUGAACCUUCAAGUCCAAUCCCUGUUCCUACUGAUAGAAGCACAAUUUCUGGCGAAACUUCUGCACAAUCUGAAAUUGGAUCACUUAGUGGGUCGUUUGUAACAACUGAAAAUCAUCGUGGAGCAGAAUAUUUAGAAGCAUUAAUGGAUAGAAGAACAAAAGAUGCGGCAAUACUGAUAAAGAAAUGGCUCCAGGAAACAAUGCGACGAGAAAAAGUGUCUGUCAAUGUGAGAACUCGCACAAGCUUUCCGGCGGCAUCAGAGUUGCAGUCUAUGGCGAAAGCUGUGGCAAAGGAUCAGUCAUCUUUAUUGAGGAACAAAGGGAUUAUUCAACUAGCUAUAGCUGCGGCACAUUCCUUAAGUGAACCUCAUACUUCUCAUUGGGAUGCAUUUGUCAGCGCUGAGAAAAUAUUGAACGCAAGUUGUGGAGAUACUAGCCAAACUCUUUCUGCCCAAAUCCGGGAUCUCAUCAAUACGAGUGUUUUGGUCAAAACGCUAGAUCAGAAAGAGCAGAGUAAGGAAUCUUCUCAGGGUCUUCUAUCUUUCCGAGAUGCUCUUCUCCUUGCAAUCACGGGAUAUAUCUUGGCUGGUGAAAAUUUUCCGACAUCCGGGUCUGAUGGUCCUUUUUCUUGGGAAGAGGAUCAUUUUUUGAAGGAAGCUAUAGUGGAUGCACUACUUGAGAAUCCAUCAGGUGCAAGGUUGAAAUUUUUCCAUGGCAUGGAGGAAGUUCUUGAAGCUAAUUUAAACAAGCACAAGUCUGAAAAAUCUAAAGAAAAUUCUUCCAAUCAGUCCACAUUGGAGGACUUCGAUGACGAUCAAUGGGGUAACUGGGGUGAUGAAGAUGCAGAAAGUAACAACGAACAAGUGUACGGUGAUAUGCAACUCAAGUUGGAAUUGCGUGAUAGGGUGGACAAUCUUUUCAAAUUCUUUCACAAAUUAUCCAGUCUAAAAACGAAAAAUGUAACACUCAGAAAUGGACCACUGGGAUUAGAAAGCAGCUAUGGAGGGGAUCCUUAUAUGGGCAAAGGAUUGCUUUAUAAACUUCUCACCAUGGUUCUUGGCAAGUAUGAAGUACCUGGAUUGGAGUACCAUUCAUCUGCAGUCACAAGGCUUUUUAAAAGCGGAUUUGGUAGAUUUGGCCUUGGACAGGCAAAACCGAGUCUCGGUGGCCAAAGUGUUAUUCUGGUUUUUGUAGUUGGUGGAAUCAACUGUCACGAGGUCCUUGAAGCGCGGGAAGCAUUGUCACAGAGUGGAAGACCAGAUGUUGAGUUGAUCAUCGGUGGUACGACUCUUUUAACUCCAAAUGAUAUGCUUGAUUUACUAUUGGGAUCCUAACUAAAUUUAGUUCCUAGUGCUUACUAACAUUCUCCGAGUAAAAAAGAAAAUUGAGUUGCUAGAAGUUUUGGAUAGAAAUUCAACGGUGUGUUUUUAUAUGCCUUAUGCAAUUGUCCUUGUAACAAAUGUGAUAUAAUAUUUCAUGGGUAAAUAGAGUGAACAAAGGUUGGCUAUCUUUAAACCUUUUAUUACAUGAAUGUUACAGUUGAAAUUAGCUUUUUGUAACGAGGGUGAUCCAGCCCUUGGAUCAUCUCCAUGGGUUGGUAAUUGAGCUCUGUAAUGAAAUAAAUACAUACGCUUGACCUUUUCUUUUUAA